AAACCAGAUUUUCUUUACUCGAAUAUACACGUGUGACACGGUUUUGUUUUGCGUAUUGAACUCCAAACAGAAGAUGGCUCAGGGAAAAUUGAAAGUUAAAACUAAAGUGCCGGCUUCAGCAAAAGGAAAAGCUAAGAACAAAAGUAAUAAAGGGCCUGGUAUUCAACGACGAAACAAUGCACCUAUUCAACCAAAAAAGAAGAAAUUUGAAGAAUCACACAAGUUGAAACAAAUGAUCAGUAAAACAGUUAAUAGGGCCAUGGAAAAUGAACUACGGGAAAAGGCAUUAGAUGGAAAACAAUCUCUUAGAAGAAAGGAAGCUUCAACAUCGCAAAAGAAAUAAUUAAGUACAGUGUUGGUGUGUAAUAUUAAAAAGAAACUAUAUUUCUUGUUUAUUGAGCGAGCGAGCCGAAGGGGAACGAAGCUCUUAUACUUGAUUUUCCAACUUC